AGCAUAAGAGGGAGCAUGAUCACUGGCUGCUCAGUGGAGAAGACUGCAGCGGGGAGUGAGGUUAAGGCAAAUGUGAAAGACUGUUGCAGUAGUCCAGGCAGUAGUUGACAUUAUCUUAAACUAAGCCACCCAGUACACCAGACGUUUGACUACCACCGAUGUCCUCAAAGAAAGGCCUAAUUGUAUAAAGGAAGUUUUAUUGAAGAAACAGAGAUUCAUCCCAUUUCUAAGAUUAAUAUUUACAAUUUGGAUUUGUCGACCUUCUUGUAAGAUAUAUUUGGCAAUCAAAAUGAAAGCUUUCUUUGAAGUUUUAGAACAAUUAUACAGGAAAGUACUUCUUGGAGCCACACUUGAAAAUGACAGCCAUGAUUACAUCUUUUAUCUCAACCCAGCAUUUUCAGAUCAAGAUUGCUCUACAACCACCUCCUCAGACUGCUCAAACAUCCUUGAUGUUCAGGGCAAGCAUCAGCCAUCCUCUGUCAAUUUGGCUACCCCUUCUGUAGCACCUGUGUGUUUGCAGAGACAUUUUCAGAUGAACAGUACCCGAGAAAUAAUGCUCCUUCAGUUAACAGUGAUUAAAGUGAUGAUGACCAGAAUAUUAUCUGUCGAAACUGAAUUGCAUGCAAAGGAGAAAUAUAGAGAUAUAAUUAAAAUGCUUUUAAAAUCAUCUGACAUCGAUUCUAAAUUAACCUGUAUGUUCCAAAACUCGGAUAAAUUGUUAUCUCACAUGGCUGCAAAGUGCCUUGCACUACUUCUGUAUUUCCAAUUGAAGGAAAAGAUAACAUUGAGUAAUUCCUGGAUUUCUUUUUGCCAAAAAAAUCUUUCUGAAUAUACUGAAAGUGAUAAAGUAGUACACUGCCUCUGGAUGCUUACCUUUGUAAUAAAAGAAAUCUUUAAAGAUACAUGUUCACAAAAAACAGAAAUUCUAAAGCAGUUCCUGACUCCUUUUGACACUAUUUUUGAAGUCUUUUACAAUUCCUUAUUUUCUCAGCAUUUUGAAAACCACCAAGAUACUUCUAAACUAAUAAACAGCUUGAUAUGUUUCCUGGAAUUGCUUGAACUUCUUAUAGCCUCCAGAAUCCACCUGAAGUUACAUUUCACUUGCCAGAGGAUGUUAUUUUUGAAACCUUCUUGUGUGUUCAACGUUAUUACCUGGCCUAUUCAGGCUUUUGUCAAAAGGAAAUUCAUCAUAUUCAUCAAAAAGUGCCUUCUCUGCAAAGUGGGUGAAGACCUUUGUCGGGGAUCCGUCCCUACCUUCAUGGCACCAGAUCAUCCUUUAGAUGUGGACCUGUUGGCUUUGGCUGAUGCUGUUCUGCAAGCUGUGGAUUUGGGCUUUUUGAGGACACUGUCUGUCUAUGGAAAACCUUCCUGCUUUGGAGGCGAUGAAGUCCAACCUGGAUGUGAAUGUGUCCCUGGUCCAGAUCAUGUGAUCCUUAGAGCAGCGAGCUUACUUAUCAUUAGAUCCUUAGAAAUCAAGUUUCAAAAUGGUGCUUCAGCAAAUGAAAUGAAAGUUGAUUUACAGAGGUUCAUGUCUGAGUUACUGACCUUCUUAAAGCCUCACCUUCAGCCGUCUCUGCGAUCACACAAUCUUUGUGAGUGGUUGUCUAGGGUCUUCAUAGAACAAGACGAUGACAUGCUGGAGGCUGCCAAAACAGCAAUGGGCAUCUACCUGAAGUUGACCAGAGAAUGUGAAGCUACUGAAAGCUUGACCCAAGAAAAAGAAAUGUGGAACCAUCACACACAUGAAAAUGGCUAUAAUCCACACUGUAUUUUUUUAUUCUUAUUAAAAAAUAUAGGAUUUGAUUCUACAGUUCUUCUUGAUUUUUUGAUUUCAUCAGAAACCUGUUUUCUUGAGUAUUUUGUUAGGUAUUUAAAAUUAUUGCAAAAAGACUGGGAUAAUUUUUUCACCAUUUGCAAGUACUUUGAUAUAACUGAAUCUAAAGAUAAUGUAAAUAUUUGUUGUUGUAUCUCCUUACUUGUCCAAGACAGAAGCAGCAACCAAACAGAGCCUAGUCCUUUGGCUGUUCUUGGUAAUCACAGAGAUGCUCAUGCUUGGGUCUCCUGGGCUUCUGAAGCGUCUUCUGAACCACUGAACCAUGCUGUGAUGUCUGAGGAGGCCCAGGCCACACUCCAGGCUAAUAAUCUGUCUCCCCAACGAACUUCUCAAAGUCUGGUAGAUUAUGAAACCUCUGAUGAUUCUGAAGAAGAAUCCACAGACCAGCGUUUAGCAAACAGUAGACUAACAUCUUUACACCAAGAAGCAAUGAAGAAAAUUCAGGACACAAUUGGAACAAGUAGGGAUAAAAAAGAACUUAUCCUGGAGUCUCAGUCGAGGUCUCUGGUUCCCAAAGAAUCUAAUACUCCCUUCUCUGUUGAUUGUGACAUAGGCCCAAAUAACAUUGUUUCUAAAGUGGGAAUAUCUUACAGAACAGUAAAGUGCUUUGAAGAGCUACAAGGUGCCAUUUAUCGUUUGCAGAAGAAAAAUCUGUUCCCAUAUAAUCCAACAGCACUUUUGAAGUUGUUAAAACAUAUUGAGACAAUAUAUAAUAGAAGUAUGACUCCUUUGUAAAACAGGAACUGGUUUUCCGUAAUAUAAUUGUGCCUUAAUGAGGUAACAGUAAAAAAAAAAACAAAAAACUUCAAAAGGGUUUUCUAACAUGCUUUUCCUUUGCCUUUUGGAAGCUGCCUAGUGACUGAAAAAGAUAUAUCAAAUGAUAAGUCACUUGAUACAAGUACAGCACUCAAAAUUUAUGGUAGUUCAACUUACACAAAUUUGGGAUAGUUAUUGUAUUACUUUCUUAUUGCUGCUGUAAAAAUUACCACAAACUUGGUGGCUUAAAACAACAGAGAUUUAUCCUUUCACAGUUCUGGAGGCUAGAAGUUCAAAAUCAAGAUGGCUACAGGACCACACUUUCUCUCAAGGCUCUAGGGGAGAAUCCUUCCCUGCCUCUUCCUAGCUUCUGGCCAUUGCUGGCAAUCCUUGGUAUUCCUGGACUUCCUGGACAUCACUCCAGUCUCUUUCUCUGUUGUCACAUGACAUUUUCCCUGUGUGUCUAUCUGUAUCCAGUUUCCCUCUUGUAAGGACACCAGUCACUGGGUUAGGGCCCACUCUCAUCCAGUGUGACCGCAUCUUAGCUUAAUUAUAUCAGCAGGUACCCUAUCUCCAAAUAAGGCCACAUUCACAGGUUCUGGGUAGAUGUGAAUUUGGGGAGGGAUGCUGUUUAAGCCAGUAUGGCUAUUAUUUCCCCCUGAGGUAUUUACGUGUAAUGUAAUAUGUAAAAAACUUGAAUCUUAGAAGUUUUUUAAAGAGAGGUGAUUAGCUCUAUAUGUAUAUAUGUGGUCUACGAACACAAAUGUAUUCUUUAAAAAGAGUUUUAAUAGGUAAUUUUCCUAUUUAAAAUUGUUGUGAUAUGGAUAAUUAUAUUCUGUCUUUUUGAGAGGAGGCAGUAAAUUCAAGUUUUCACGUCAUUACAGGCAUACCUCAUUUUAUUGUGCUUCACUUUAUUGUGUUUUGUAGAUACUGCAUUUUUUACAAAUUGAAGGUUUGUGGCAAUCCUGUGUCAUACAAGUCUUUUGGUGCCGUUUUUCCAACAACAUUUGCUCACUUUGUGUCUUUGUGUCACAUUUUAGUAAUUGCAAUAUUUCAAACUUUUUCAUUAUUUGUUACAAAUAUAAAACUAAUGGAUGAGGAGUUGCUUCUUAUGGAUGAGCAAAGAAAGUGGUUUCUUAAGAUGGAAUCUGCUCCCGGUGAAGAUUCUGUGAAGGUUGUUGAAAUGACAACAAAGGAUUUAAAAUAUUAUAUAAACUUAGUUGAUAAAGCAGCGGCAGGGAUUGAGAGGAUUGACUCCAAUUUUGAAAGCACUUCUACUAUGGGUAAACUGCUGUCAAAUGCAUUGCUUGCUACAGAGGAAUGGUUCAUGAAAGGCAGAGUCCAUCAGUGGGGCAAACUUCAUGGCUGUCUUAUUUUAAGAAAUUGCCACGGCCACCGUGAUCAGUCAGCAGCCAUCAACAUCGAGGCAAGACUCUCCACCAGCAAAAAGAUUACACCUCGCUGAAGGCUUAGAUGAUGGUUAGCAUGUUUUAGCAAUAAAGUAUUUCUUUAUUAAGAUAUAUAGGCAUAAUGCCAUUGCACACUUACUAGACUACAGUAUAGUGUAAACAUAACUUUCAUAUGCACUGGAAAACCAAAAAAUCCGUGUGACUCACCUUGUGAUAUUUGCUUUAUUGUGGUGAUCUGGAACUGAAUCCACAAUAUCUCCAAGGUCUGUGAUGGAUUUAUAUACUGAGAGCAUAACUAUAUUGCGCUGGUCAGUCUGUCAUUAAGACAGUCUGAAAUGUUCUUAAAAUAUUUUUUAAAUGAUCCUUUUAUAGAGAAAUAUAAGGAGACUGAACCUAUCAGACAUUAAAAUAUAUUUUAAGGCUGUGUUAAUCAAAACAGGGUAGUACUCAUUCAGGUAGAAAUGGGAAGAUCAGUGGAACUAAACAGAGGAUGGCUAAUCAAAAUAACAGAUACUAAUGUUAACCAAAGAGAAAUGCAGAGGUCAAAAACUCUGUUUGGUAACAGAGUUGGGGGUAUACAUUGGGGCAGCUUCUACAUAAAUUAAAAAGUAUGUAUCUUCAAGGAUUUUCAAUGCCACAUUGUUUAUAAAAGCGAAAGACUAGAAAUAAUCUGGUUAAGUAAGUCAUAAUAUAUAUAUUCAUAGUAUGUAUGCUCAGUUAUAUAUACUUGUGGAAAGAAUGAGCUGUAUUCAUGUUUACAGAAAUGAAACAUCUACAGUUAAAAAAAGUGAGUAUACUGGGCUCCCAUUUGUUUAAGAAAAGAAGGUGGGGAAGGAGUAAUACACACACAUUUAUAUAUGCCUUUGUGUGUUUAUAAAAUAUUUAUGUAGGAACAUAUAAGAAAAUACUAAUAGUGGUUGCCCUGGGAAACAGAUCUGAAGUAGAAAAUUUGACUUCUCAUUAUAUAUCUUUUUCUACUCUUACUUGUUUUUAAUUGGGUACCUUUUUUUUUAGUUAAAAUUUUUUUAAGGAAAGGAAAAAAACAAACUUGAUUCUUUAUGUUCCUAAGGGUACAUAAAUGUUAAAUGCAUUAAAAGUCAUGCUUAUAAAGAUGUGUUUUUGACCUGUGUUUCUCUAUAAGGUUAAUAAGGAACCAUCAGUCCCUUGUUAUAAUAUCUAAAAUUAGGAAAAGGCAGUCUCCUAUGUAUGCAGAAUGUUGGCAUUUCAGAGACGCUACAUAUAUUCAAUAUAACUAACCCUUAGGUGUAAGCCAAUUCCUCCCACCCUCACUGAAGCCCUGCUGUUGGUGAAGGUGACUUGACUCUGGCCAUGUGAUAACUUUCCUGGCUGUUCAGAGUACCAGAGCUGUCCUGAGGUAGUCCAUAAAGGAACACAAAACUAGUGAUAUUUGCACGAUGAGUUUCCAGUCUGUAACUCCACCUCUUCUUCAAGUAAACGCAUGUGUGUCCAAGUGACCACUAAGUGUCAUGAAUCUAAUUUAUUGUUUUAACUUAAAAUACAACAGAUACAGCAAAAUACAUGUAUACGACUUGAUGAAUUUUCACAAACAACAUACCUGUGAAACCAGUAUCCAGAUCAAGAAACAACGUUACUGGCACUCAGGGGUCCCCCUUGGAUCCCCAUCCAGUCACUAUCCACCGAUAAAGGUAACUAUACCCUAAAUUGAGACAACAUAGAUUAAUUUUGCCUAGCUUUGUCUUUUAUGUAAAUGGAAUCAUAGAGUAUGUGUUCUUUUAUAUCUGGUUUCUUCAACAUUAUUUGGAAGCGUGUUCUAAUUUAUUUUUUAAAUAAUUGCCAAGUAGCUGCAUUUCAGCUAUUAGUAACAAAAUACUUAUAACUCCUCAAAAUUGUCUAUGGCACUCCCAGUGUGCUAGGACGGUGAAAUUGACAAACAGUGGUUGAAACAAAAUAGAGACUCAAACAGGUUAUACAGGGCCUUGUGCAGUUGGCCCCAACCUGUUCCUCUAGUCUCACCUGUGGUUCUCGCCCCACUCACUGUCUUAGGAGUACCACCUUUUGCCUUACAUAUUCAUUCAUCAAGCUCCAUCUUUUUUUUUUUUUUUUUUUGGUCAAGCCCCAUCUUAAAUGUUGGACCUGUGAAGCCUUCUCCACCUGUUUUGAACCAUUAGAUCUUACAUGCUUUAUGUUCUCUUCACUGUGCUCUUUCCUGUAUUGUAGCAUUUGUCACAUUAUGUUUUAAUAAUUUGCCAACCGUCUCCAUUUGCCAUGCUCUUUUUACAUUGUCCCUUGUGAAUAGCAUCAUGUCUGCCCCAUUAUUAUAAACACACCACAAAUGUUAAGCAAAUGAGAAGAGAUCCUCUCCAAGGACUUGAUAGUCUUCUGGGGCAGACAGGUGUGCAGAGACCUAAAAUCUUUAACGCAUAUAUGCCGGUUGCUGUUCCAAGUGCUCUGAUAAAUCCUCACAAUAAUAGGUACUAUUAUGAUCCCUAUUUUGCAGAUGAGAUUAAUUUGGUAAACUGGUAAAGUGGCAGAGCCGAGACAGUGGAUCUAGUCAGUCUAGUUCCAACCUUCUCUCCAUAACUGCCUGUCUUCAAGCAGAGGGUGGUACACGUGCACUAUUAAAACUAACGUUGUACUAUGUGUGGUAAGUGGUAUGAAGAGAAGUCAUGCUGGCAAGCUAUGCUGGGGUCAGAGCAUCCAAGACCUUGUGUGCUGUGCUAAGGAGUUUUGACUGUUUUGUAGGCAGUGGAGAGCCAGUGUGGUUUUCAAGUAAGUGACUGGUUUUGUGUUUGAAGAAAGUGACUUCUGUAGCAAUAUAUUGGCUAGGCAGACAAGUAGAAAGAUUGAAAAGAAUCCUGGGGAAGUCCCACUGGCAUCAGGGGCAAUGGGAAUGGAAGAGGGGGAGCAAGGCCUUCUUGCUGAAUGCCUGCAUCAGGCCCCCUCCCUCCAUAGACCCACUAAGACAUGAGUAAAGGAGCAGUGAGACACGCAAGCACUGACUGAGCAGUCCAAGAAAGCCAAAUCCUUAGCAGGUCUUUGGACUGAGGAACAGCAGGCACAGCUGAGGACAGGGCUACCACACUGAAAUGGGAUUAAUUAGACACAUACUGAAUGUUGAGAACCACCACCACCCCUAACCUUUUCCCCCAGGAAAUUAGAAGAGAGUUCUGUGGAAUCAGACACAGAUUUAAGAGGAAAGAUCUAAAGAUACAUUGUGUGUGUGUGGAGGGGGGGGGGUUCCCCAAAGAAAUUACUCGGCCAAGUCUCCCAACUAUUAAGCCCACAGUCACAAACCACCCAUGGGCAGAGUUUCUAGUUGGCAUUUAUGUGCCCAACUCUUACAUAGGAGUGAACAGCCAAGGAUCACGAGGCGUUUGCGGAAAGCCUCUUAACAUGACAGAGGCCAAAACAAGACAGAUUAGGCAAGGAGGAGAUUAAUCUAGUAAUAUCCUCAGAGAUAAAUGGUUAUAAAAGAUAAUACAUAAAAAAAUAUUCAGGAGAAACAAACUUCUUAUAAAUGAAUAAUGCAAUAGCAGAAAUGAAAAACUCAAUAGAAAUGUAAGUUGAGGAAAACAGCAGGACGAAAAAAAUUGGAAAAUAAAGAGAAAUGACAAAAUUUGAGGACAGUUCACGAGGUUCAAUAACUGAAUAGCAGAAGUUCUAGACAGAAAAGUGGAAACAGAGAGGGAAAAGUACUAAAGUAAUCCAGGAAAAAUUUCCAGAACUGAAAGACUGAGUCUUUCAACAAUGUGUGAAUAUAUAACUGGAAAAAAAAUACACCUAAAUUUUACAAAGGACGGAGAGGAUCAGCCUGAGACAGGAGGUGUUUUCUCACUCGCACAUGCACGGUGGAGAUGCAGCUGCUGCUGUUCACAGAAAUAGGGGAAGUAGAUCGUUACAGUCUCGAGGAAAAUGAGUUCCAUCUUCACCAGAGUGACUUGGGCACUGUCUUCAGCACAUAUUCAUGCCCAGCAGACAGAAAUCCUGUGUUGAAAAUGAGAAGAUCAGCGUUAGAGCAAGACAUAGGAGUCAUUUGCCUAUGCAUUAUGAAAAUCACAGAAGGUCUGAUUUCCCUGAGACUAGGGAGAGGAAGGGAAAGAGAUCUGGAUGAAGAAGGAAAGUGAAAAAAAUUACAGAGGCCAGAGAACAAGAAAUACUUUGCAGAAACUAAGGUCAGGUAGGGCUUUGAGAAAGGAAAUGUAUAUGGAGUUUAGUAUCUGAGAAGAAGACGCUGGGCGUUUUGACCAUCAGGAAGCUGUUGUUCACUUGUGACAAACCAGCUUUAGUUGGACCCGGAGAGAGGAGACAGAGAGGAGGUAGAAACCACCAGGACAGUGAUUUUCAACUUAUUUGUGUUCUCUGUGCCAUCUGAAUACUGGGAUUUGUUGUGGCACCUGUGACAUGACUGUGUCAUCACUGACUUGAAUGCCAUCCCCAGAGGCAACAUUGUGGUCACCAAGCACCUGCUGGGACUCUGACCUGCCUCCUGACCUCUCCUCAGGGCACAUGUGGCCCACUCAUGCUGCAUUUAGCCCACCUGGGCUGCCCAGGGGUUUGGAAAAACUUGACCUAAAUACUGAACUUUAAUUGGUCUUUUAUGAAUUGUCAUUUGUGACACCGUAUAGAGUUGUCUUGCUUUAUAUUAAAAUACUCAUUUGAAAAUUGUGGUUGAUAAAAUGCCUUUUCUGACUAUAUUAUUAUAGGUCAGACUAGCAAACCAACUGCAAGUUUUUCUAAUUAUUCUAAGGAAAGUGGAGCUGAACAAAGCAGAUCAAAGCCUUUACAGUUAACCCCAUGUAUCCCCUCCUAACUAUACAGCUCACUAGUAUUUUUUAAGAUAUAGAAAAAACAGGGAUCCCCUUCUAAAUUUGCCAUUGGCAUUAACCUUUUCAAGUAGAUUGACUAAACUGUAGUACAGUUACUCACUGUGUUGGGUAAAAUACAUGUUUAUAUAUACCCUGGAUCGCUUGUGGGUUUUUUUUCUCUUUGGAACUUUAGCUAUUUUUUCAAAGAAAGUACAGUUUUCUAAUACUUAGAAGAACUGAGAAAUGGAAUGUGAUCAGGGUAUGAUUUCCUUUCCAGUGAGAAAAGUUCAGGUGUUUUUAGUCUGGUUUGAGACAAGAGUCUACCUAAUCAUUGAAAGCCGUAGAGUUUAAAACAUGGGUUUACAUUAAAGAUAUUGUCUAGGGGUGGGGAUUGGGAUUGUCUGUGGCAUCAUGAUAGCAUGUGGGGUUUUUUUACAGUGCUUUAGACCUCCUGCCAGACACAUUUCUCCCUUGAGGCCCACAAAGUGAACACACCAGCAGCACAUUUAUGAUUGCUUAUGACUUUGUUUUUUAAGUUAUUUAACAAACUAUAAUAAGGAAGCACAGGUUUUCCUGCAGCUGAACUUUUUUUUAUGUGCUAAGAAAGGAAGUUUAUUUUCCAUUUCUAAAUUGCUGACUUUGUUUGUUCAUUUCUGUAAAACAUAAGAGUAGUAUAGCCCACUACUGUAAAAUAGAAUUGGAUUUUUGACUGCCGAUUUUCCUAUAAAUUGUCUUUUAAAUUUUUUUCUGAUUUUGCUAUUUUUUUCUGUAAUAAAGUGGAAAGAUUCCCCUUACUAGAUUGUUGACAAGUAAAGCAUUUUUGGUGUCAUGUAGCAUUCUUUGCUUGAAUAUGGCAUAUGUCCUCUUGUGUGUCACUUUUAAUAUGUAUAAUGAAUGAUUUGAUGGUUAUAUGGAAGUGAAAAUGAGUGGUGAACUAGAAAAUAAAAUUGAUUGGCAACAGCUUUA